AUGUUCUGGGAAUCCCGAUUGACCAACAAUACUGUAUACGACUUAACCGAUGAUGAGGUCGGUGCUUCAACGUCGGGUGCGCUGCCUGCUGCUGGCGGGCUGCGAUCGGUGGUCAUACAGAAUAGAAGCGCCGCCGGGCCCCGCGCGGUGGACGCGCCGGCCCCCGCGCCCCCUCCCGCACCCGCCGCCGCCGCCGCGCCGGCGUGCGCGCCCGCGGCCGCGACCACCACGCCGGCUGCGCCCGCUCCCGCGCCUACAUCCGCAGCUACCACCACACAGGUGACCGGUGAACAAAUUGGUUUACAAGAAUCUACGCCGAUUGUGACCGCGCUUGAUCCCGGUUUAGAGCGUGCGCAGACAGAGAGCGGUCUGGAGUUCUGCGUUCCGCGUUCAGCGUUCAGCGUUCUUUAG